GACCCGCAGCCCAGCCUGCGCCCUGUGGAUGCACAGCACAUGUAAAAGUUUACGUUUUCCUCCAAGUUUAGUUUUUACAUAAAAUUUUAACCCGCGUUUUCUCUCCUUCUGAACAAAUUUAAAAGCUUCGUUUUAACAGCAACUCCUUCGGGCUCGCGACUGCUGCGUUCAAGGUUCCUCCAGAGCUCUUCCUGUCCGUGUCACCAUGGGGCUCAAAGCUGCACUUCCCAAAUAUGAGAUCUACUUCUACUACAUGGUGCUGUGUCUUGCCAUGUUCUGGUCCACCAGCUGGAUCUUUGAGGUUUCCAGUUCCAAUGCAAACAAAAAGACGUUCAAAACCAGUGUGAAACCGGGAUGGUACUACUUUGGGAGGAAAAUGGAUACGGCUGAUUUUGAGUGGAUGAUGUGGUUCUCCACCUUCAGGGAGCACAUCCUGUUUGCCCUUUCAGGUCACGUGCUGUUCGCCAAGAUCUGCUCCAUGCUGGCUCCACAGUACAGGUCCUUGGUGUACAUGGUGUAUGGACUCCUGGCUGUGUGGACCAGUAUGGGCUGGACCUACAUCACCCUCAUCCUCUCCCACUGCAUCCUGCUCUACAGCAUCUCCUUGGUGAAAAUCCGCUGGCUCUGCUUCGUCACCGGCCUUUGCACCCUCGCUACAUUCAAGUGUGAACCCUUCGUGUCCUGGCAGGCUGGAUUUGUGGAGGGGGACUUUGAGCUGCGUCAUGUUCUCUUCUAUGGAGGUUGUGGCUUUACAAUCAUGCGCUGUAUGAGCUUUGCUCUGGAGAACUGUGAAAGGAAGGAUGGAAACUACAACAUCCUGGAGCUGCUCAAGUACAACUUCUACCUCCCCUUCUUCUAUUUCGGGCCCAUCAUGACUUUCGAUAAAUUUUAUGUUCAAGCCAACAAAUCAGACCUGACCAGGAAAGAGAGGGAGCUGUGGAAUAUCAGCCUGCAGGGCCUGAUCCACCUGGGGGUCGUCAUCGUCGUGGACGUCCUCUUCCACUUCAUGUACAUCCUCACCAUCCCCACCGACAUGAAGCUGCUGAAACACCUCUCUGACUGGGCUCUAGUGGGUCUAGCUUAUUUUAACCUGGUGUAUGACUGGGUUAAAGCAGCUGUCAUGUUUGGAGUCAUCAACACAGUAUCCAAACUGGAUCAUCUAGACCCUCCCAGGCCACCAAAAUGUAUCACUAUGCUCUACGUGUUUGCUGAAACGCACUUUGACAGAGGAAUCAAUGACUGGCUGUGCAAGUAUGUGUAUGAUUACCUGGGUGGAAAGCAUGAGAAUGUGGUGGAGGAGCUGGUAGCUACACUGUGCACCUUUGGCGUCACCAUCCUCUGGCUGGGGCCCUGUGAGGUGGUGCUGUUCUGGGCUUUCUUUAACUGUUUUGGCCUCAACUUUGAGCUGUGGACCGCCAAGUUAUUCUCCAUGGAGCCUUUUGCUUCUUUUGAGAUGGCAAUGUCAGAGGCAAUGUCCCGCAGGAUCAGAGCCAUCUUCAAUACCUUCAACUUCUGGUGUAUUGUUCUGUUCAACGUCCUGGCAUUGAACAGUUUGGACUUUGCCAAGUUGGUCGCCAAACGGCUGCUUCUCAAAGGCUUCCCUAUAACCACCAUCAUCGUCAUGUUUAUGACCUACUGCCUGAUACAAGUGAUCAAGGAGCGAGAGAGGAGGCAGGCCCUUAUCGAUGAUCCUGAUCCUCUUCCUCCUGCCCCCCCUCCAAACGCCGCCACCAGCCCGACCGGCGCUCCGGCUGCACCUGCUGCAGCUCAGCCAGUCGCAGAUCCCAGCAAGGAAAAAGCUGAGUAGAUAUUUGAUGUAGUUCAGAUAAUGAAGGAUGUAGCAGCCAACAGUAUUACUGUAGAUUUUAUAAUGUGAUUUUUGAAUGGAUGCUCUACUUCUGCUGAUGUUGAAAACAGCAUUAACUGUAAAUAUGUUUACCAUCAUUUAACUGUAUUUAUAAAAUAUACACAAAAAGUUUCUCUUUAACUGUAGGGAAGUUAAAACUUUAUUUCAUUUUCUGAAACCUCUGCCUUUACUGUUAAUGCAAAAAAUAAACUGCAAAGAUUUGUUCA